AUGAAUAAGUUCUUAGAAACAGGGACUAUUUUAUUUCUUCUCCUUUGGAUAGUUUUUGUUUAUGUGCUUUAUAUGCUUCCAGAAGAUAAUGCAUCUGAAGCAAAAGCAUUUCCAAACUCUGAUACCGAUAUUUCAAUUGAAUAUGAACUUGAAAUCGCAAGAGGAAGACAAAUAAGCCUCUUAGAUGAUGAAAGCUCCAUAAAUCCUCUUAAUUUAACCUGUAAACCUGAGUCUUUCGGGUACACAUUGGAGGAAGCUCUUUUUUUAUUUCCAAACGUUACAUAUCCAAGGUGUGAAGAGCAAUAUAUAUCAAGCCCAGAAGCGUUUUAUAUUAAUCGUACUGAUAAUACUCUACAUAUGAAUUGCACAGGAAAGGUCGCUUUAGGAUUUUUGGAGGCAAAUGAAGAGUUCGGGAAAUAUUGGUAUUAUGAUAGACUAAAAGAUUAUAAUGGAGAGCCAUUAGCCCUUGAGACAGAGGAAUAUGCAUUUGGAACAUGCGAUAUCUCAAAAUGGUCAAACUUUGAGCAUGUCGCCUAUAAGUUGAGGCCAAAUAAGGAGUCUUUACAAAGGGCUAAAAAUUCAUUGCGUGGUAAACCUAUAAAUAUUGUUAUGUUAGUAAUUGAUUCUCUAUCACGGAGAAUGUUCUUUAGAAAGCUUCCAAAAUCUGUGGAGUAUUUAAAUUCAAUUGCAAAAAAUGUAUCCAUUUUCGAUUUUAAAUUGCACCAUGUUAUAGGACAAAAUUCUCAAUAUAGCUUCAUGCCCACAUUUUAUGGAGAUAUACCAAUUGUAGUAUCUGAAUAUAUGCAGGGAGAUUUAUAUUAUGACGUCUCCAUAUGGAAAUAUUUGCAUGAGAGAGGUUUUGUAACAAUGAUGGGAAUGGACAAUUGUGAUAACAAUUUACCACAAUUUAUAGGAAGAAAACCUAAAGUCGACCACAAAAUGGGCUCAAUAUGAUGCGCAGCCAGCGCUCAAUAUGGGUAUAGUGAAACCUCAAAGAGAGAAAGAUGUAUUGGGAAUAAAAAUGCCCAUGCAUGAAUGAUGGACUAUAUUUUAGACUUUUCAGAAACCUAUAAAAACGUAUCGAGAUACACUUAUAUGCAUAUAGAUACAGCUCAUGAGGAAACAGGAACUGUAGUCUCUACAAUAGAUUUGGAUUUAAAAAAGUUCCUUGAGGAAUUUUUUAGCAGAGAUGAAGAUUCUAUACUGUUUUUGAUGGGAGACCAUGGGAUGAGAUAUGGGGAAUGAUUUAAAUCAAAAGAUGGCUCACAUGAACACAAAUUGCCGCUGUUAUUAAUAAUGGCGAAGGACAGAGUCUUAGAAAAGAUUCCAAAUAGCUCAAAAAUUUUAUUACAAAAUACAAACAGAUUAUUAAGUAAAUUUGACUUUCAUACAAUUCUACAACAUCUUGGAAACUAUCCUGAUCUAGAAUCUCACAGAGAAGAAAUUAGAACAAAAACUUCAAAAAGGCUAACAACUUACAAUUGGUUCACAGAUUAUGUACCGGAUAAUAGAACUUGUGAAGAUGCUGGGAUCCCUAUAUUUUGGUGUGGUUGCAAAUCUUUUAUAGCUCAUGCCCUUAUAUAGAUUAUUUUAUCGAGACAUGCAAUGGACGGUUGAAAGAUCAAGACAGACUCUAUCAAAGGGAUGAGCUGGAUCUCUAUCUCUAUCCCAGGAAGUGCUAAAAAUUUGAAUGUAAAAAAAUUAUUAACAAGUGUGAAAAAAGCAAACUGCCUAUUUUAAAAUGGCUUUAUUAUUAAAUUAAUUUUAAAUUUAAAAUAUCCAUUUAUAUUGUGAUAGAAUAAUAUAGGGCCUUCCUAUAGAUGGCGCGCAAUGCGCCAUCCAUAGGAAGGGCCGUAUAUCUUACUUACCAUUUUCAAAGUAAAUUAGGUCAUUUUUUGGCAUGCCACUUUGGCAUAGAGAUCCAGCUCGUCCUUUAAGAGAGUCUGUUUUGGUCUCGUUCAACUAUCCACUACAUUUUCUUUGAUAAGAAAUCUAUAUAGGGGUAUAGUCUAUAUAGAAAUCACAGAAGAUAAAAAUUCAGAAAUUUUCCAAAACUUAACAAAAAGUGUUAUAGAAGUCUUCAACACAGAAAAUCAUAUCUAUUAUAGAUGGAAGAAAACAAUCUGUGUAAAAUUGCAUUUAAAUGAAACUAAAUAUAUAGGGAAACUAGAAGAUGAAGAUCUUGAUUAUUAUAAAAUAAAAUUCACAAUUAAAGAAAAAGAAUCAGCAAUGUUUGAAGUUAUUGUAAGGCUCUCAAGAGAUCCUAUAGAAAAACAUGAAUCAGAAUAUUUCAGCGUACAUAAAAUUGAUUUCGGUGAAAUGAAGUUUUUCAAUAUAAUGAAUGUCAAUAGACUGGACUCAUAUGAUAGUAUAUGCAAAGAAAAAAUAAUUAAAAGAAAAUUUGACCCGACUUAUUGCAUUUGUGAUGAGAAUGAUUUUAAGAGAAAAUCGUUAAAUACCACAAAUGGGAAUAAUUCAGGAAAACAAUAA